GCAACCAUCUCCUUCCAGACAAUCUGUCCAGCAAACUUAUUCUAGGCAACUAUCACCUUCUCAACCUACUUCACGUCGUGCAUCACGAUUAUUAUCACCACAGCCGCAGCCACAGCUACAGCAAAUACAUCUUAGGAAUGAAAUGCAGCAAAGAAAUGUUCAAGGCACUCAAGGCAUUCAAGGUGAGGAUCUUUCGGCCAAAGAAGUAUAUAUUAGUGUUGUCAAACGCCUUUUCCUGCGUAUAAUAUAUUCCACCCAAGAUGAAAUAAAAGAGUCCCUCAAGGACUACUUGAACGAAAAGUUCACUGAAUUCGUAGCGAACUUAAGUGCUAACGAUUUUGCAAACCAGUUCCAUG